UCUACAGUACCCAUCUACUCUCUCAUUUUACGUAUAUAUAAUCCAUCUUUUAGGACAGAACCCACCGAAAGCUCCACAAACUCCAUUAAAAACAAAACAAGGCGGCGCAAAAGAAGAAGCAAGAAGAUGCAACCAGAGACCUCAGAUCAGAUGUUGUAUUCUUUCCUCACCGGAAACGAAAUCCCCGGGGGAGGAUUCUCCGUUUCCGGGGACUACAUGUCAACUAUGCAAAGCUUAUGUGGGUCGUCUUCGUCGACGUCAUCUUAUUACCCGCUAGCGAUCUCAGGCAUAGGAGAAACGGUUGCUCAAGAUAGAGCUCUUGCUGCUUUGAGGAAUCACAAAGAAGCUGAGCGAAGAAGAAGAGAGAGGAUUAAUUCUCAUCUCAACAAGCUCCGUAACGUGCUCUCUUGUAACUCCAAGACAGAUAAAGCCACACUGCUAGCCAAAGUAGUUCAACGAGUCAAAGAACUUAAACAACAAACCCUAGAGAUCACUGACUCCGACCAAACCCUUCUACCCUCAGAGACUGACGAGAUUAGCGUUCUACACUAUGGAGACUACUCAAACGACGGUCACAUAAUCUUCAAAGCAUCUUUAUGUUGUGACGACAGAUCAGAUCUCUUGCCUGACAUCAUGGAAAUUCUUAAGUCUCUUCACAUGAAGACACUUCGAGCUGAGAUCUCAACUCUUGGUGGUCGAACAAGAAGUGUUCUCGUUGUAGCUGCCGACAAAGAGAUGCACGGCGUCGAGUCUGUGCAUUUCUUACAGAACGCCCUCAAGUCGCUGCUCGAGCGGUCAAGCAAGUCUUUGAUGGAACGUAGUUCUGGUGGUAGUGGUGGAGGAGAACGGUCAAAACGUCGUCGUGCGCUGGAUCACAUCAUAAUGGUGUGAGAUGAUGAGAGUACACUAAAAAAAGUCUUUACUUGAUUUUUACAUAUAGGGUAUGAUCAUAAUUAACUUGGUUAUAAUUACCAAAGCCUUUUUUAUUUUUCCUACUUUAUAAAUGUUCUAUGGUUUUAGUUAUAAGUCGUGGGAGUGUAAGCAAAUGUUGUAAGUAGGUUUGGUGUGUUCUUUUUCUUUUCUUUUUCAAGAAAAAGAAAAAGAAAAUAUAUAUAAAGAAUAUUUUCAUGCUA